AUGGCAGAUGAAGUCGAUCGAAGAUUAAAUGCGGCUUUGGAUGAGGCUAUCGAUGAAUAUUUUGAAGAUACAUACAACAACAUCGUGGAGAACCGAACAAAGAAACAGAGCAAACGUGCAUAUGUCGAACGAAACCGCGAAGAGGGCCAUAACCGUCUAUGGAAUGACUACUUCUGUGAAGAUCCGACAUUUUCGGCUCAUUUAUUCAGACGGCGUUUCCGCAUAAACAAGGCAGUAUUCAUGCGUAUUGUCGAUCGCCUCUCAGAAAAUGUUCCAUUCUUUCAACAAAGAAGAGAUGUUGUCGGAAGGUUAGGUCUAUCUCCACUACAAAAGUGUACGGCAGCUCUUCGUAUGCUUGCUUAUGGCUGUGCGGCUGACGCCGUUGACGAAUAUCUCCGACUUGGUGAAAGCACAUCACUUUCGUGUUUAAGCAGUUUCACAGAAGGCGUAAUACAGUUAUUUGGAGAUGAGUAUCUACGAAGACCCACUCCAGAGGAUCUUUAA